CAACGCCAGAGUACGUUUUUUUAUCACCAAGUGCAAGCAUCUUUCAGUGUGGGACGACGCGUUUCGGAUUGGAAGUUAAAAUUUAUGUUUUUCUCAGGUGUUUCUGAUAGGCACAUUACUUGUAACAUUUUUUUGGCCACGUCAUCUUGAGAUAUGGGAUCAGUUGUGAGGAACAUACUACUUCUUAUCGUGCUUUGGAUCUCAUGUGUAUAUGGUGAUAGUCGAUAUCUUAUAAAAGAAUAUGCUGAUGGAAAACAUUUUUGGGGUAAAAAUUUUACGGUCAUGGAAGGCAAAAACGUUACAUUUUCUUGUGGGUCUAAAUCGCAAAAGCGUCAUAAGGACAUUUCAUGGUUCGCAUCUGUAGAAGAAAGAAAAAUUGCUGGUACAAUGUACAAACAGUUGGACAUCAUUAAGAGACGUUUUGGACAAAAAGCGGUCCUCAUACGUGGUGGGCGAUAUUACAGCGGUCGACCUGAAGUAAUUCCCAACACAUUCGAUAUCAAGUUGAACAACAUAAGUAGAUACAUAGCUGGGCGAUACAAAUGUUUGGUAAUAUCGUUGAUGCGCAAUACGACUUACGCAGAAUUGACAGACCACAUUGUCAUUGUGAAAUCAAAACCAAAGAUUGUGUCAAAAAAUGAAACCAACAUGAAAAUCAAGGCUCGUGAAAAACUAAACAUGGAUUGUGUUUCAUCUGGAUUUCCAAAACCUUUGAUCACGUGGCGUCGAGUGGAUGGUCGGCCGUUGCCUGCCAGAAAACUUACGCAUUCAACUGGCUUGUUAUCCAUAUCUGAUGUCGGACAGCAAGAUCGGGGAGAUUACGAGUGCACUUCAACUAAUAUAUAUGGCCGUGAUACUAAAAUAUAUUCUGUUGAUAUGACAGUUCCUCCACGAUUCAUAUCAAACGGCGACUCGUUUGCGACUGUUGGAAAAGAUGGAGUCGUUGCUUGUGUAGCUGUUGGUCUUCCAAGGCCAAAAUUUUCAUGGAGAUGGAAAGACGACAAGGGCUAUGAGCAAAGGCUGUCGAGUGCAGAGGGCUUAGUUGGAAGAUAUCAAGUGAAAACAAAGCAUUACUUUGAAAAUAGCACGAGUUUUUUUAUGAUAAAGGACGUUGAAAAAGAAGAUCUACGUUCUUACAGUUGCAUGCUAGGCAAAGACGACAAACCACAAGAAAUAAAUUUGCGUGGUUAAGUAAGUGUAAAAAUGCCACAAAUAACAUUCAAUAGCAUAAGCAUUUAAUAUUAAGUAUUUUAAGUCUGAAGAUACAUAGUAUAGAUCAUGCAAUAAACAUGCAUUUUAAGUAAUGUUUA